AUGGCGGUCGCCACCGCGUCUGGCGUGAUCUCCUCCCUGCUGGUUCUCGCCGGAGUCGUGGUCACGGCGCAGCCACCUCCUGCGGCGGGAGGGCCACCCACUACACCUCCGCCGGCGGUAGGGCCGCCCAAGGCGCCUCCGUUGCCGGCCGGGCCGCCUAAGUUCCCGGCGAUCCUCGCGUUCGGCGACUCGGUGGCCGACACGGGCAACAACAACCACCUCCGGACGUUCAUCCGGGCCAACUUCCCACCCUACGGCAAGGACUUCCCCGGCCACAAGCACACCGGCCGGUUCUCCAACGGCAAGAUCAGCGUCGACCUCCUAGCGUCGGCGCUGGGCGUGAAGGAGCUGCUGCCGCCGUACCUGAAGAAGGGCCUCUCCGUCGAGGAGCUCAAGACGGGCGUGAGCUUCGCCUCCGCGGGCAACGGCUUCGACAACGCCACCUGCCGGACCAUGUCGGCGCUGACGAUGGAGCGGCAGCUGCAGCUGUUCCAGGAGUACAAGGAGAGGGUCGGGGGCAGCGUCCCGGACAAGGCCCUCUACUUCAUCGUCACGGGCAGCAACGACAUCGUGGAGCACUUCACCUUCGCGGACGGCAUCACGGAGCCCGGGUACGCGGAGAACAUGGUGAGCCGCGCCAUCGCCUACGUGCAGUCGCUGGCGGACCUGGGCGCGAAGCGGAUCGCGCUGGUGGGGGCGCCGCCGGUGGGGUGCCUGCCGUCGCAGCGCAUGAUCGCCGGCGGGCUCCGGAAGCAGUGCGCCACGGACCGCAACCAGCUCGCCCUGCUCUUCAACCACAGGGUGGGGCAGGAGAUGGCGAGGCUGGGCGUCAGGCUCCCGGGGGUCACGCUCGUGAACGUCGACAUCUACACCAUCCUCGCCGACGUGAUCUAUCGGCCGGAGGCGUUCGGGUUGACCAACACCCACGACGCCUGCUGCGGCUACAUCGGGCUGGCCGCCGCCGUGCUCUGCAACUUCGCCAGCCCGCUCUGCAAGGACCCCUCCAAGUACUUGUUCUGGGACAGCUACCACCCCACCGAGAGGGGCUACCAGAUCCUCAUCGACGCCGUCGUCGCCAAAUACUUCAGAUUCAUGCACUAG